AUGACGGAGGAGAACGAUGCCAACGAAGCCCCGACACUGGAGGUUGCCGCCCCUUCAGUUGAAGAGCUGGAACAGCCACCUCCUUUCUCCAUUGGGCAUGAAGAGAGCACUUACAAGAAGUGGUUCGAUCAUAGGGCUUCCCAGAUGAAUAAAGAAAGUGCGCAGUGGGAGUUGCUGCGUGGAGGUGCGUGGGUUCCAUUUGGAAUGGGCCUUUGCGGUAGGCUGGCAGCUGCCGCCAGGAAAGGCGAGCGUGAACUUCGAUAUGUCGCCUCCAACAAUCAGGAACACCUCUUCGACUUCGAAAAGAUGGAGCAAGUCAAUUUGUCCACUGGCAAGAGGCGAUCCAUGCGAUCAGUCCUCUGGGAGAUCCAUCUGGACGUCGGCUGGGUUCUGGUUGAUGAUGCUCUGGCCUUGCAGCUGCAGACGCAUGAGCUGAGGGACUCGUUAAUCUUUGACUACUUUGCACGGGACAUGAAAUACACCGUCAACCUGAUCGAUCUAUACCAGCUCAAUACUGAGCUCGGAACCAAGCGCUCCUUGCGGAAGAUGUCGCUCCAGGACACGCCCCCGAAAAUGAGCCGGCAUCAGUUGCGCGUGGCCUUGGAGGACGCCUUUCCCAAAUUUGCUUGCGCGACACGACAAUGGCUAAUGAUGCGGUGGCCAUGGCAGCAGAUUGGGGACUGCAGCAUCGAUGCCGGCCAGUUUGUAGAGACAGGGCUGGCGGAAGAGAUCGCCUCAGGCCUUGCAGAAAUACAAGAAGGUGUGCCGCAAUUGGGGGGCAUUCUCCAGAAUAUUCUAUGGUUCGACUAUGUGGAUUCCUCCAAGCAGGAGAACGUGACACAAGCGCAGGCACAGGGUGUGGUCCGGGCGAUUCUUGAAGAUCCGCGCUGGCGAUGGGGCCAUGCAGGUGCAGAGGAUGCCGUCAGUGCCCUUUGGUUUGACCUCGGCCUCCAAGCGGAGCAACCGGUGAGCAAGCUCGAGUUCCUCGUUGCGGGCGGCUUGUCCGACGAGCUGCUCCAGGUUCUCACCUCGAGCUCCCCAACUGUGGACGACUGGAUCAUGGAAAAGAAGCUCCCGCUGUGGGAAGGUCAAGACUGUGCCCUUUGCUAUUGCCCAAUUGGUGAAACGGAUGCUGGCCGGCGAAUGCGCUGCGGAUGCUGGCUUCAUUUUGAGUGCUUGGGCCACGGUCUGCAGGUGUUGAUAAGUGAGCACACGGUAGAUGAUGAACGCAUGAGCACCUGCCCGGCGGCAUGCGGCCGGCCGUUGGGUCGCAUCAUUCCGCCGGGCGUCAUUCACAGAGCUGUCGGCGACAAGCUCUUUGCCAAGUACUUGGACUUGCGCGUAGAGGUUCAGUGGCAGAAAGAAGCCAUGGAUUCGGGAAAGCUGGUGGCAAAAUGUCCUGGAGGAGCUCAGAAGCUCAUGAAGUCUUGGCAGUUGGAUCCUCGCAUGUUGGCCAUAUGCCUAGACGAGUUUGGACGCGAGUCGCCUCCGUGUGUCCGUGAGUCCUACUUGGGUAUUGCAGGAGAUGUACUCCAUCAAAUGCUUGCAGAAGAGCUGCACCACGGAACUAGUUGCUUCAUGCCGUGUAGGUUGCUUCAGAACACGACGGAACAUCAGGUUGCAUCGUGGAUCGCUUUUGUGGAUUAUGUCGUGGCCUUACGGGCAAGCCUCAAGGGCAUCGUGCAAAAGCAGCAGCCCCUGGCAGUGGACUGCCCAAGCCAUGCUAGUGACAAAGGUGGUCUGCAGCCACAUCGACCCUGGACAUGCAAAGAGCACGAGUUGAAUCUGAAGUACAAGGACGCAGUGCCCGCAGCAACCUGGCACGAUGUGAAAAGUGGCACGAGUUUGAGAUGUCCCGGCUGCGCUGUGCCUACGGAACGGACAGACGCAUGCUGCCACAUGACGUGUUCCCACUGCCGAGCUGAAUUCAGUUGGGUGUGUGGGAUGGAGUAUGCGUUCUGCCGAUCGAACCAUCGUUGCCUGAAUGGCGCCAUCUAUCUGCAUGCCAUGCCACAGCUUGUAGCCAUCCUGAAUGAACGUGGACUGGAACCAUCCGAUCAGAAUGGAAGUGAUAUCUUUCUGGAGUUGCGCUGCCUUUACUUGCUCUCAAUCGUCCGGCGUGAUGUCGGCGAAGAGACCUGGAACCGCACACGUGUGGAGCAUCCUGAGCUUCUCACAGAUGUGAUCCGCAGUUCAUGGAGCAUUCCCUGGGGUGAGAUCGGAAAUGUGAGUCGUCUGACGAAGCUAUUGCCACAUGCCUUUCCAGCGAUAGGGCCGACAGCGACGUCGGCCGCCAAGCCUCGGCUCCUUUCUGUCUUGGACGACGUCCUGUGA